CUGGUGGAUCAGUACUUAGAAGCUGCAGCAGACUUCUGUGAAAAUGAAUUAUCUCCUAUUAACCAGACCGGUGACCGUGAAGGCUGUACCUGGAAUGAUGGCGUUGUCACCACUCCAACUGGUUUUAAAGAAGCAUACCAAAAAUAUAUCGAGCUGGGCUUCCCUUCUCUUUCUGCUGAAGAGCAAUAUGGCGGCCAAGGUCUUCCUAACUCUUUAGGCAUCACAAUUUCUGAAAUGGUCGGUACUGCGAACUGGGCAUGGGGUAUGUACCCGGGUCUGUCUCACGGUGCAGUUCGUUCUGACUUGGGUAUUAUCCGUACCAAAGCCGAGCCACAAGCUGACGGCAGCUAUGCAAUCUCUGGCGAGAAAAUCUUUAUCUCUGCUGGUGAACAUGACAUGGCAGAGAACAUCAUCCACAUUGUACUGGCUCGCCUUCCUGGCGCACCGAAAGGUUACCUGAUUGGGCCUGAAAACCGUGGUCUAAACUGCAUGUUCACGUUCAUGAACACAGCACGUAUCGGUACAGCAGUUCAAGGUCUUGCAGCAUCUGAAGGUUCAUUCCAAGGCGCACUUGCAUAUGCAAAAGACCGUCUGGCAAUGCACAACAUCUUGUCACUGCUCACACCUAUCGCAAAAGCGUUCCUGACUGAAACCGGUUCUGAAGCUGCGAAACACGGUGUACAGGUAUUCGGUGGUCAUGGCUUUAUUUCUGAGCACGGUAUGGAGCAAAUUGUACGUGAUACACGUAUUGCUUGCCUGUACGAAGCUGCGGUUGACUACCUGUACUUCUCUGGUUAUGUAACCCUUGCAUACCUAUGGGCACGCAUGGCACUGGUUGCUCAGGAAACACUUGCUGCCGGUACAACUGAAGCAGACUUCUACAAUGCCAAGUUGACUACUGCACGUUUCUACUUCAAGAAAAUCCUGCCACGUGUUCGUGCACACGUUGACGUGAUUGCAACAGAACAGUUCUGGCAAGCCAAUGAAAACCUUGCCCACUUGGAUACUGCUACAGCAGAAGCUAUUCUUGAAGAAAUGGCAAAGUUUGCACAAAAUGUCACGCUUCCUCUAAACCGUACAGGUGAUGAAGAAGGUGCAAAAUAUGAAAAUGGCAAUGUCACCACACCUGCUGGUUUUAAAGAAGCAUUCAAACAAUAUGCUGAGGGCGGCUGGAUCGGGCUGGGUGCCGAUGCAGAAUGGGGCGGCCAGGAAAUGCCGAAAAUGUUGACAGUACUUUCUGAUGAAAUGCUGUUUGCCACCAAUCCAUCUUUCAUGCUCUACCCGCUUCUUUCAGUGGGUGCGGGUAUGGCUUUAAACAGCUAUGGUUCCCAAGCGCAAAAAGAAACCUAUCUGCCUAAAAUUUACUCUGGUGAAUGGUCAGGUACCAUGUGCCUAACUGAACCGCAUGCAGGUACCGAUCUUGGGAUUAUCAAGACCAAAGCUGAACGUAAUGAUGAUGGUACUUAUAGCAUUACUGGUACCAAGAUUUUCAUCACUGGCGGUGACCAUGACCUUGCUGAGAACAUCAUUCAUUUAGUUCUUGCAAAAACGCCUGAUGCGCCUGCCGGCUCUCGUGGUAUUUCCCUGUUCAUCGUACCGAAAUUCCUAGUCAAUGCAGAUGGUUCACUGGGUGAACGCAAUCCGGUUGGCCCUGGUUCAAUUGAACAUAAAAUGGGGAUCAAGGCAUCUGCGACUUGUGUGAUGAACUUCGACGGUGCGAAAGGUUACCUGGUUGGUAAAGAAAACGAAGGGCUGGCGGCAAUGUUCGUGAUGAUGAACUAUGAACGUCUGUCAAUGGGUAUCCAGGGCUUGGGCGCUUCUGAGUUUGCUUACCAAAAUGCUGCGCAAUAUGCGACAGACCGUUUACAGGGUCGUAGUGCGGCUGGCGUUCAGUCGCCAAACAAACCUGCAGACAGUAUUCUGGUACAUGGUGAUGUACGCCGUAUGCUGCUGAAUGCACGUGCCAACAAUGAAGCUUCGCGCGCAUUCGCGGUAUAUGUAGGUCAACAGCUGGAUAUCACCAAGUUCUCAACAGAUCCAGAAGCUGUGAAAAAGGCCAAUGACCGUGUUGCGCUAUUAACACCAAUCGCAAAAGCGUAUCUGACCGAUACUGCAUUCCAGGCGACUCUGGAUGCGCAAAUGGUCUUCGGCGGCCAUGGCUAUAUCCGUGAAUGGGGCGUGGAGCAAUGCAUCCGUGACCUGCGUAUUUCCCAGAUCUAUGAAGGCACCAACGGCGUACAGUCACAAGACUUGAUCGGUCGUAAAACCAUUAAAUCCACUGAAGUUGAAUCAGUGACUCAGUACAUUCUGGAAGCAGCAAAAGAAAGUCAUGACUUUCCAAACUCGGCUGCGGUUGACUAUCUGCAUGCAGUAGGUCUAUUGAGCUUCUCUUAUAUGUUUGCACGCAUUGCCAAUGCAGCAAAAGAUAAAGAGGGUGAGUUCUAUAAAAAUAAACUCGCUUUGGCAUGCUACUUUGUGCAACGUAUCCUGCCUGAACUGGCAGUACGUAUUACUAAAAUAAAAUCAGGUGCUGACGUCAUCAUGAACUUCUCUGAAGAUUAUUUUACCACUCAAGCUUAA